CUCUUAGCCGCGUUCUUUGAAUGCUGCGCGUGGUCACCUGGCAUUUCCCGCAUAUCAGGCUUUUUUACCAAGUAGUAAAUUAAGAUGUCGCUAACAGAUCAGCUGAGAGCACUAGCGAUCCCCAUUACAUCUAGUUAUGUAGUUGAUAAUGUCCACCGGAAGUCCUUAAUUUAUGAUGAUGCUUCAAAGGUUGACACUCAGUCCUGCUACUCCAACAGUUUAACAUCGUUCAAAAAACUAUGCGAAAUGGAGAAUGCGUUUAAUUCAUUUAACAAGACACUAUUUUCUGUCACUUCGUGCCAUAUAGAAAUGUGUAAUCUUUUACCUCAGGAAAAGGAAAAGCUUGAUAGUGAAAUCUCCAAGUUUCUUUGUUAUAUUUCUUCUUUUCUUAAACAUUACGUUGCUGUUCAGGCUCUAGAAUGGCUUGUAUACAAGUUUCAGAUUCAUCUGCAUAAUGUGGAAGACUUCAUCCGUUGUAUCAUUCCAUAUCAUGAAACUGGUCUAUUCGUCAAGUUUAUUCAGAUUUUGAAUUUCAAACAGUUACCCGCUAGUUUUCAGUGGUUAAAGCCGUAUGCUGAGAGUGGUAAAAGUAUAUCGCGACAGGAAUUUACUCGUCUAUGUUUUCGAGAGCAUACAAUCAUCCCGUUUAUUUGUACAACAAUCCUUAGUUAUGUUGAACACUGUCAAAACUUGGUACCAACAAGGCUAAACGAUAUGACGAAUUUUUUCCUGGCAAUUGUAACCGCGUUGUGUGACUCAAGUGCACCUGACAAAAAACUAAUUAACGUGUUAGAUUCUUUCCAAGAUGUUAUCAGACAAGGACUGUUAUCUGAAAAUAUCAUUCCUUUUCAAUGUGCUACAUUCUUAGUUGUAAUACGCUUCAGUUUGAAACUGGUAAUUAAUAAAGAAUUGGUUCUCGAUUGGAUAUACUGCAUAUUGAAGAAAACUCGACCUUCUUGUGAAUGGGAAUCAAUGCGCAUUGUCGUACAACUGAUGAGAAAUCAGCGUAUCGCUUUGCUACCUCCUAAACUUGCAGCCCGACAGAAUAUACUACUGUCUAAACUGUCUCUGGAAGAAAAGCGCAUAAUCGAAGAGGAGCAAUCGGCACUGGUCAAUGAAUGCGAGGACCCCAAUAAAUUGGCUGCAGAAUGUGUUCAAAAGUUUGAUUAUGUUCGGAAGGCAACUCAAUUAGUUGAUGUUGAUAUGAGGAGUGAAAAAUUGGAAAGCAAAGAAGAAAGUGUUCCAGAUGACCAUUCCUCAAAGGAUGAGGUGAAAUUAAAAAUUGACAUACUCCACUCGUUCCUCUCUAGUAUCCCAAAUGUAGGUUGUUGUAUAAUGAAUUGUGAAUCGUCUUGCCCUGUUGAACCCUUACCGAAAACUGAUCAUUGGCUCUCUGAUGUCUUACUUGAUAUAUUUCCCGCUGAAGCUGUCAGUAAUCAUGAUUGUGGACAAGACAAACUACAUUAUUCCAAAGCAGAAAUACGACAUUUUAUUAAAAUGCUUCGACUAGCUAAAUCUGCAAUAAAGAUUCAUCUAGAAUCAAACAAAAGUAUCCAUGAAGGAGUAGAUGCAAAACACAAGAGUUCUCGUAAAUCGAUGACAUCAUCAUCAUUGCUUGGUUUAUUACAGAACGGCAUCGAUAAAGCUUUACCACUUUUAGUCGCCUCAUUAUCUCACUCGGCUGCAACUGUUCGUGUGACAGCAUUUGAUAUCUUACGACUGUUGUUUCAAGACAGCCCAUCAAAGAGUAUUACUAGCGGAUCAAAUUUUUCUACCUUCUGUACUGCUGUUAAUUUAACAUCAAAUUUUGCUGUUCAGAUAGAUGAAUUGUUCUCUGAUGAAGUAAGAGAACUACUUCUAGGUGAUCCGUUGCAUUUGUUGGACAAGGCAGCUUCUCUUUUGAUCAAGGGUGUUGUUCGUCUGUUAUUCAGUCAACCACUAAAACUGGAUAAUUCUGACGAUGAAUCGGAGGAUAAGUUUUCUACUAUUUGUUGGAUGUUUGGCCUCCGCUUACUGAGUGAAGAAACCAUUGGUGAAAUUCUACUUAUCCCAUGUAGUCAGUCAGAAGAUUUUGUCAAAGGAUGGUCUGGUCUUUUAAGCGUGAUACGUCGUUCACAUAAAUCUUUCAAUGACUUGCAUCAUAUGUGUUUAGCACGUUUGAAUAGUGGAUUAUUUAUGUCUUUGGAGCACUUUACUGUUAAAAAUGAUCUAGGCAGCCAAAAAACAUCAGUUUUGCGAAGAACGUCUUGUCAUAUCCAGGGUAAGAACACACCAGGCAUGGAUACCUGCAAUGGAGCUCAGACUAAAAUACUUGAUGCAUUGUAUGAUCUUGGACAUAGUGAACAUGCUGAUUUUGAUUCUGUCCAGAAGGUAUUCUCUCGUGUUGAAUUGCGUGGAGCUGUAUAUCUUAUUUGUGUUAUGUACUCGUCGCUAAAUUAUUAUUAUGUACUGGUCGAGAAACUAAUAGUCCUGACGCAAGAAGGCGGAAAUCAGAAGACCACUAGGUUUGCGAUGAUACUUCUAUUUCCAAACACGAGGAGAAUGCAAAAGUGGUAUCACACCAAACUAAAUUUGAAUGCAGUGCAUUUUGAUUAUAUGUUCAUCAAAUCAGAUCCAUCAAGAACAGUUCAUGGUGACGAUAGAUCACUAUUUGCUCGAGUUACUGAAGCGCGGGAAUCUCGUCGACGUAGUUUACGAUUACGCAAAUUAAAACAACCUGAUCUGAAUAAUGAAUCACUUUCUGAAAAGAUUCGUUUACGUUUUCUCAGUAUGCUGCUAUCUAUUCUUACGGAAGCUGUACCUCGAUUACAAUCGUGUGAAAUUGCUGCUCUAGUCCAAAGCAAAUCUAAAUCCAGUGAUUUGAACACAUCGAUAACCACAUUAGAGACAAAAUCACCCGGGGUUGAUGGAAAGAAAUCAAAAGAUCAAAAUACACCAAUGAAUGAUUUAAUUACUCCACUAGUCAAUCAUCUGACAAGCUUGUUAAAUAUGGAGCAACAUAUCAGGCAGUCAGCAGCUAAUGCAGCUAAUCAAACAAACCUUAUUGAAGGAUCAGAUACAGAUAGUGAUUUAGAAUCACUUUCUGGUAGUAUUUCUGACAUUCAUGUGGAUCAAGAGUCAGUUGACAUAUCAUCACCUGGUCGUGGUGGUGGUGGUGGCGGUGAUGAUGAAGGCACUUGUAUUCGACCUCUUUUACGUCAGUGUGUUUACAAACUCUUGGUGUGCAUUACAGCUAUCCUAGCUGAAGGAAAUCGAAUCAAACGACCGCGUAGAAAACGUUCUCAUUGGAAGAUGUCGACUGAUCAUAUGGGUUUACUUUAUGGAUUAGCAGCUGCACAAGUUGCUGUUGAUCCAAUUUUCCUUUGUCUCACUAUAUAUCCUGAUUGGCCAGCUUUACAUCAACAAGUUCUACUUUGUUUCAUUGAAUUAUCACUUAUGUUCCCUGGCGCACUAUGUCAGCAUUUAGUGUCUUUAGUGCAAUGGGUAGCGUGCAAUCGUCAACUUAUGCGUUUGGAUAACGCACAUAAUCUCAGUAUAUUAGGACGCCUUAUUUUGGUAACUGUUCCUGCACUCAUCCGAGCAUCAUCAGAGCAAAUUUCUACUGGUCUUUAUGUUCUCUACCUCUUUGUGAUGAGAUUCUCUGAAUUUUCUAGUAACUUGAAUCGUCGUCGGUUAGCGCUUUAUACAGUUCUGGUACGUGGUUUGUCUCAAGUAACUGGUCCAUUUAUGACAGAUAGUGAAAUCAACCGGGGUGUUUUGCCAAAGUCACUUACAGAUGAAGAAAAAUCCAGCAAAAAGAUGGAUACUUCUGGCCGUGUAGUUGAAACAAAGAUCUCAUUACGUCCAAAAGAUAGUUGGCUUGGUAGUUGGUUAUGGGUGUCAUCGUUAAUAUUUUUGAAUAAAAAUUGGCAGACGCAAUCAAUUGCUGAUGAAGUUGGACCUUUUCUUAUCGACUUAUUUUGUCACUUUGGAUGGGAUCAUCAAGUGGUUGGAUUAUGUGAAUGUAUAGAUUUCCUGAUAUAUUUGUGUGCUAAUUCUUGUGAUUAUAAAAUUCAUGAAAUCACUGGAUCAGAAAGUUCCACUGCUUUUUGCAUAGAAAUUGAACAACCUAAAAAACGACGAAAGUUAAGCGCCUCCUAUGUGAAUCCGAAUGAGUCGCCAACAAAUAACACCCAGCUUGUUGCACUUGAAUCUCAGUCAAAUGAGAAUGAUACGCAUUCAUCCUCAAGCUCAUCAUUUAGUCAAUUGGCAUCUUUUAUUUUUAAUUCAGACAAGGUAUGCCAGACAAAUGAAACAGUAUCUAAGAUACUUAGUAUGCCAGCUGUUGUCACUUUGAGUGAUAUAUGGUCACUAGUCAAUCGAACUGUUCAAUUCAUUGUUGUAUUGAUAAAAAAUCCUGAUUAUUGUGCUAAAGUUCAAGAGGCCUUUAAAGAUCCUUCAGGUUUAAGUGCUGUUUACGGCCGAUUAGUUGAACAUAUUGUUCAAUUGAUGCUAAUUGUAGCUACUUUCUCUACAAAAGUCAGAAAGUCAGGUGAAAACGUAUCAGAGGUUAUUGCUUGUUCUGAUGAAGCAUUGUCUGCUCUACAAUCAAUUGUAGUUCAAAUCUUAGACUCUGUACCUGGGCGAGUAUUUAUUUCAAUGGUCUCCAGCUUGUUUGCUUCAGAUAAUCGUGGACUUCGCCGUAAAGCAUUAGAUUUGUUAUCUGCUAAAUUGUCAAACCUUACCGCCAAUAUACAUCCAGUUCCAAUUUUAGUUGACUUCAAUAAAAUGAAUUAUAAAUCUUACUUAAAAUCUCACAAGCAAUUAAUUAACCGAAAUCUUGUUAAUUUGGAUAAUACACUGGAGACUGGUUUGGUUCAGUUUACUGGAAAACUGACAUCAUUCUAUGGUGUGAAGAGUAAUCAGCUAAAUGAUAGUCAAAUACAGAAGAGUGCCACUGUCUUUGGUUCGCCAUUCUCUCGUCAGUGCCUGGCAUGUCUGAGAAGUUUAGCAAAAUUGCUAGCUUACCGAUAUCCUGGAGAAUUCAUGCGUGCUCUGGAUAGUUUAAUGUCUCUUCCUGGCAAUUGGUGGAUAUCUGUUGGGCCCACAGAAACUCCAGAAGUUCUCAGCGAUACUGGCCAGACAACAAAUCCACGCAGUCUCCCCUCUGGAUCAUCUUUAGCUGAGUCACGAUCUUUGGCUUGUUUAUUCUUUGUCGAAUGUCUUCAACGUUUACCUCCGCAAUCCUUAUAUCCAGAAGCUAGUGCAACAUCAUCCCGUUUGGGCUGGUUACUUUCCUUUGCUUUAGAUCAUGCCUGUACAUGUACAUCAUUUAUCCCUUCACCAAGAUUAUCGGCAAAACGUCAUGGUUUUGUAAACUCUCCAUAUAAAUCAGAACAUCAGUGUAAAUUAAUAACUGGUUCAAUGCAUUCACGGGAUCAACAUCUAUUGGCAAGUUUAACACUUAUCAGUAAUCUACUAGAAAUAGCUAUUAUUCAUCGGCUAUGCUAUCAAUCCAAAAGCGAUCAUACACCAGAUGAUACAGAGUCAGCGAUUGGUAAGUGGUUGGAAUUCGGAUUGGCAACGAAAAAGAAGGCGACACAUUCUCCAGUUGCUGAAUCCGCUUCCAUUACGCUAUUGAGCUUGUUGUUUCAACUUCGAAAAGACAAUUUAUCCGUCCUUACUAACAGUAAUCCAGAACGUUGUGGUCAUAUACUUCGUCAGAUUGCCAACCUUGUUGAUCAUAUUCAUCAACUUCUCCGUCAUGUAACAGAAAUCAGUUACCUGCUUACAACAAUACAACGUGUAAUUGAAAAAGCCUCAAAAGAAAGUAAUAAUAUUAUGUUACAUGGUUCUCUAUCAUUCUUAUCCGAUUUCGGAGAGUCUAUGGCACCUGUUGAAGAAAAUGGAACAUUCACCACAAAAGAUGAAAGUCAACUUCAUUCAUUUUCAGUAUUGCAUGCAACAAAACCCGAUUUUAUAUGGCGUCUUCUUCGUACAUGUUUGCGCUCAGUUGUUAACAGUAUGCUGAAUACAGUCAACUUUGAGAAUACUACAGAACUAGAGAAUAAUGAUAUGCUAAUAUGUCUAUACCGAUCUAUUGCCAGUCUUAUCAGUUCCCUACCAGAUGAAGAUGCACGUUUCAGAGUCUGUCAACAAUUAUUUAACUGGAGUAAUUCUCAUAGUAAUGAAGUACAACCAGAUUCUGCUGAUGAUGCUAUGGAAAGUGAUGUAAAUACCUUAGAUGAGAUGUUUGUACGACUAUCAAUUGUAUUUAGGAUAAUGGAAAGGAUUCCAAACUAUAUGAAUGCAGAAGAAUAUUCUGAAAUGACUAAACAGUUAUUCUUAGUUGAUCAUAUCGUUUUGGUGUUCAUUAUCGCUGUAGGUCAAAAAUUCAAAGGUGCUAAAAAAAUCGCCAAUCGAUUAGGAUUUACACACUCCCUUCGUUGUUAUGCUGAUGGUGCUACGCCUAAAAUUAUUGCUUGUGUUCGUUCCUCAUUGUCUUGUUUACAAAAAUGGCUUAUCGGUGAAGUGAAAAAUGUUGCCUGUUUGGAUGCAGCUUCAGCUGGUGAAUCAACACUGUAUAUUCCAUCAGUUUUAAUCGGAUUACUCGAUGUGUCUUCUUCUUCCUCCUCCUCCUCAAAUUCAUCACCAAUUACUGAAAUUGAUUUACAAAGUGUUUUGGCUUCAUUUUUGGAUGCAGUAUGUGGUGAUGAAGCUUUUCUACGUCCCCUUGGUUCUGCACUGACUGAACGGAUUAUGCAUUCUUCAUCUUGGCGUACUCGAUUAGCUGGUAUUCGUCUGUUGAAAUUUGUUUUCAAUCAUUCAAGGGAUCAAUCAGCUGGUAAUAAUAAUCAAGGUGUUGUAAUUGAUUCAAAACAUCCUGGUCCUGUCAACUGUAUUAUAUCAGAUUCUCUAUUAGCUUUAUCAGAAGCCUUAGAAGAUGAUCGACCAGAAGUGGAAGCUGAAGCCAAUAAGCUAUUUGCUGAACUAGAACAAAUGGGUUUAACUGCUACAGAAACAAGAACUAAUUAACUAGCUGACUAACUAAUUAACUGACCUAGCCCCGGUUAUCAUUUGAAAUGAACUUGUACCAGAAAAACAGAACUUAUUUUUGGAGAUGAAUUCCUCUUUGUACAGUGUGUCCUCAAGUGCUUUCCAACCUUUGUGAAUAUAAAAUUUCUUUUGAGAAAUGAUAGUAUUUUAAUCUGUGUUCCUAGCGCAACUUAUCUUGUAAUUUAUCUCUUGUUAUCAGUGAAAUGGCAUCCAACAAAUCUACUACUUCCCCUCUUUUAUUUACAGGAUAUCCUAGAAUUGCAUAUUUUUUAGACUUCGCAUGGUUUUAUUUCUGUCUGUCGAAGGGAAACGGUGCUGCAUAAUGGGCGGCACUGGUUGAUUUUGUGAUUAUUGUUCUGAUAUGAGCAUGUUUAUCACCUUGGACUAUGAACACAGUCCUUUAACUCUUAUUUAUGUCUGUAGAAAUCUUAUAGUAACUAAAUAUUUAUACUUUGUAAUUAAGUUGGAG